AUGAGUGAAACGUCUGGAGAUGUGUCUCAUUUGAGUGGCGAAGACUUGUAUUCAUUAGUGAAUGCAUUGAAGCGAGAAAUUGAAAGUUUCAAAGCUUUGCCAAACAGAGUCAGUCCGAGGGUUGAGUCAAUCGGCUGUCAAACAAGUAUUCAAUGGUUGGAUCACUUGAUGACCGCAAGGGUUGGCCAACAUUUGAGUGAUCAAAAUGAACACCCGAUUGAUAGACACGAUUCGCGAGGAAGUGGUCAACAAUUGAAUGACGCAAAUGUUAAGAAAAAUGUGACAAAUGGUGGUACGAGUAGACGACCAUUCAAGUGUGGACUCAAUGAUUGUCACCAAAAGUACGAUAAUAAGGAUGCGUUGACUAAACAUCAGUUCAGACGACAUCCCGACGCCUUUCCGGACAAACCAUGGAUUGAAUGCAAGCGUACGGGCUGUCAGUUUAGGUGUAAACUCAAGGGUGAUAUGACUACUCAUAUCAAUAAUCACGGAUAUCGAGUGAAAAUCCGGUGCCAAUGGAAAGGCUGCAAGAAAUGGGUUUUUAGUCAAUGGGCGCUCGACAUGCAUAUGAAUACACACACGGCUGACAUCCAAUCCCAAUCGACCGGUGCUGAUAAUACAGACAUUGAGUGCCAUAAUAGCUAUGAAUCCAGUGUUGAGACAAUUGGUGGAAGUGUUGACCCAAAUGAGACCAAUGAACCAAAUGAUAGCGAAAUGGACUGCGAUAUGGAUCAUGAGUUUGAUCCCAUAACUAGUGCGGAAGUAAGUGUGGACCCAAUUGACGACAAUAUCAUUGAAAACAAUGAUAACUCAAACAUCAAGCACACGACCGACUCAUCCACACAAACUGAACGCGAAUUUGUUUCAAUCGGAUAUCAAACGAGUGAUGAAUGCGUGGAUCAGUUGAUUACCACAAGCGUUGGACACGAAUUGAGUGAUGAAAAUGAAGAGAAAAUUGUUAGACACGACUCGCGAGGAAGUGAUCUGCAAUUGAAUGAUACAAAUGCUAAGAAAAAAGUGACAAAACAUGUGAUGAGUAGACGACUAUUCACGUGUGGACUCAAUGGCUGUCAACAGAUGUUUAGAGAUAAAUAUUGGUUAAAACGGCAUGAGUUGAGACGACAUCCCAAUGAGUUCCCAGACAUACCAUGGAUUAGAUGUCGAUAUACUGGC